AUGGAGAACAUCGCUCAUAUCCCAACUCGAAUGCUCAUCAACGGGGAGCUUGUCGAGGCAUCUGAUGGCAAAACAUUCGCCGUCCAUAACCCGGCGACUCGAGAAGUCUCUGCGCACGUCCCCGAGGCGAGCGCGGACGAUACCAAUGCCGCGGUAGCCGCAGCUAAGGCAGCAUUCCCGUCGUGGUCCGCGCUGGGCGGUGCAAAACGAGCUCGCUACCUCAAGAGACUGGCCGCCUUGAUCUGCGAGAACAAGGAGGAGUUGGCCCGGCUGGACGCCAUUUCCAUGGGGAUGCCCGUAUCAACACACCACUAUGCCGCUGCCGCAGCGACAAACUUCGAGCACUACUCGGAGGCAUGGCCCUCGAUCCAAGGGCAGGCCAGCGUGAACACACCCGGCAUGGUCACGAUGACGCUUCGCCAGCCGUAUGGCGUCGUGGCGUUGAUAAUUCCCUGGAACGCCCCGUGCCUCUUCUUGGGAACUAAAUCUGCCCCAGCCCUUAUUACAGGCAACACGGUGGUCCUCAAGUCCAGCGAAAAGGCACCGUUGGCCGUGGCCCGCAUCGCCGAACUUGUUAAAGAAGCCGGCUUUCCUCCUGGUGUAUUCAACAUCAUUUCCGGCCACGGCAUCCCCUCUGGCCAGGUUCUCUCACGCCACAUGGACGUGCGGGUGCUGAGUUUCACCGGCUCCAGCCGCACCGGAAAGUUGAUACAGGAAGAAGCUGCGAGGACCAACCUUAAGAAAGUCAUCCUCGAGCUCGGCGGCAAAUCCCCGGCGCUCAUCUUUGAGGAUGCCAACCUCGAGAAGGCCGUGGCGCAGACUUACUUCAGCGUCCAACUCAACAGUGGGCAGGUGUGCAUGGCCAACUCCCGCAUUUACGUACAAAAGAGCAUUGCCGCGCAGUUCGUCGAGGCGUUCAAGGCCAAGUCUGCAUCCAGCACGCGGCCGGGGAAUCCCCUGGACAAAGGCACCAAUCACGGCCCGCAGGCAGAUGAGGUGCAGUACCGCAACGUGCUGGCCUACAUCGAGGAAGGCAAGAAAUCAGGUACGCUGGCUCAGGGCGGGGGAAAGACGGCAGUGGAAGGUACCAAGGGCUUCUUUGUUGAGCCCACCGUGUUCCUCGACACCCCCGAGACGGCGCGGAUCAUGAAGGAGGAAGUGUUCGGGCCCGUGGUGAUCAUCAACACGUUCGAGACCGAGGCCGAGGUCGUUGCCAAAGCGAACGACACCGAGUUUGGGCUUUACGCAUCCGUGUACACGCGCAAUGUGAACCGGGCGAUGCGCGUAGCGAAGGCGCUGGAGAGCGGGUAUGUCGGGGUGAAUUGCACGAGUCCAACGACCGGAAUUGAUUUGCCGUUUGGCGGGUAUAAGAGCAGUGGGCAAGGGAGGGAGGGGUGGCUGUACAGCAUGGACAACUUUUUGGAGACGAAGAGUGUGAUUAUGCAGAUAGGUGAGGAGUAA